AUGCGGUCACUUGUCGCGGUAUACCAACCACAGUCGGAGGCGAAAACGAGAUCCCGCAAAGAUGAGAUCGACAUCUUACGCUCCAUCAUGCGAGAUAUGCGAGGCAAAUACGGCGGGGCUACAAUGGUCCUGACUAAAAUCGAGCCGCUGGAAAACGAGGACGAAGCUUCAACAGAUCAAUAUCUUUUAAAGAGACGUUAUUGGGCUAUCUCGUAA